GUGACUGGGAAAAGCAUCCUUUUGGUCCAUUUUGGAUGUUCCCAGGAUCUCCCGAGUAAUCUAGGAAAAUGACCAAACUUCAGUUUUUGAACGUCUUUUUGACUGAGCGUCUCAUGCUUGCCGCACAGGAGAUUUACAAGUCUGUCGAGGACACGAUUUUGGAGUACCAGGAGGAGAUCGCGAUCAGGGAGAGGGAGAACGACCAUCUGAGACGGAGGCUCCGAGACGCUGGGAUAGAGAUAUGGCCAGAUCGCUCGUCCAUGGCGCUGUUGGAGGAAGAUGACAGUGAGCAUCCCCGUCGAGAGUGGAGUCCAAGUAUGGGACAUCAAGAGCGUAUUCCCAUUCAGAUCAAAGACAAACGAGACAUGCGGCCCAACCAGGGAGAAGAUCAGCUUCGAGGACAUGGCUCCUGCAGCACAGCGGAAAAUAUGUUCACCCCCCCACGUGUAGCGAACGAGUACCCUCAGGAGGGUCCCCACACAUCCAAUCUUCCUCAGACUCAGGGCGUGGAGAACAGGGAGAGAGACCCUGCAUCUCGCAACGCAUCGAGGCACGUGAAGGGCGAGAGCGGCGGCUGUCACAGAGGUGCUGCAUCAUCCAGCAGCGGUGCCCAGCCGCUUGCACCAGUCAACCCAAACUGCUCAAAUGAGAACAACAUUGACAUUAUUGGUGUUGAGAACGGUGGACAGAUGGGCAGCGCCAAAGGAGCCGUGACUGACCCUAACCGAGGACAAACCCCUCUCAUGAGGAACCAAGGGGCCAAUGGCAUGGAAUGCCCCCAUCAAAAAUCUCCCUUGCAGGGCCACAUGUCGUCGUUCUGUUGCAAAGUCUGCGGCGAGGCAUUCAGUCACAUCGGACACCUUCACGUCCACGUGCAAGUGCACACUCGAGAAAAACCUUACCGCUGCGGAGUGUGCGGAAAAUGCUGCAGCUCCUCCGGAAGACUUCAGGAGCACCAGCGGAGCCACACGGGAGAAAAACCCUUUCGCUGCCAGAUUUGUGGGAAGGGCUUCACUCAGAUGGCUCAUCUGAAGGUCCACAUGAGGAUCCACACCGGAGAGAAGCCGUACAGCUGCCCCGUGUGCGGCAAGUGCUUUAGCCGCUCUGACAAAAUCAAAAGGCACCUUCAGACGCACAGUCGGGAGGGGACCUACUUCUCGGGGCAGUAAUGGAAGGGGUUCAGUUUGGCAGUCGUCGUCGUUGUUGUGGGAAAGUUUUCAAUAUAAAGCUACAAUUGCUGCCAGUGACGAGGCAUUUCUUCCUACUUCUAAGAACGUAGAAGUUCUGCUUCUGUAAAGAACACUUUUUAACCAAACCUGUAAUUUCUCACUUCCUUUAUAUAGUUUGUAUUAGCCAGCUUAGUACGUUCUUUACAGUGUUUUGUAUUUAUCAUUACGUAUUAUUAAAGUAGACACAAUUUGAAUUAUUAGCUGAACUUUUCAGGAUUAUGUAGUGUUUUUCCAGCCUUAUGAUUAGCAUGGAGUCUUCCAUACAAGCCUUGGAACGGGGAUGUAUCAAGAAUGAUCAGCACAUUCAGUGUAUCACCAGGUGGUCACUAUGUCCAUGUGGCUGGAGCUGCAGACUACACAUUUUCUUUGUGGUCAUUCUUUUUGUUGGUUUUAAAAUUAAGAUUAAGCACAAUUCUUAGUAAAUUUUGAAAAAGUGUGUAUCAUGAAGCAUCAUCAAUAAGUUAUGUUGAACGUAACUCCACAGUAUUCAGUGUCAUUUUCUCAGUUGGACUUAGUUCCAAUUUUAAUGUUUAGGCGAUUAAGUUUUGUCAUACCAGCGUGAUCUUGGGAACUUGGUUAAAGUGGAUGGGAGUGCUGAAAGAUUUCACACCUCUAUCUGGUUUGGUUCAUUUUCACACAGAAAGCAGACCAAACAACUUUAUGCAGCAGCUAGUGAGGCGCCAACACAAGAAGCUGCGUGUGUGUAUGGCAAACCACUUUACAUUCAAUAAAAAAACCCAAACCCUCUUAUCUCCAGUUUUCAUUUGCGUUACAGACACUCUAAUUUUAAUUCUAGAUAUGAAGAAUGAUGCAGCUACAAAACUAACACAUGAAUGGAAAAUAUUCUCAUUUUGUCAAAAUUAACAAAAUGCUAAUGCAAAAUGCUAAAAUAAAAACCUUGAAAUAAUGGAAAAGACAACUGAUUAUGGAGUUGAUACAACGUUAGAGAUUGUUGUAUCUCUAACGUCUGGCUUGAGUUUCAAGCUUUGCAGAUCUUACUGCUUUGCUUCACUUUUAAUCCUGUCUUUCUUCUGUCUGUUUAGUGCUGUUGCAUUCUUACAGAGCAAAUCACUGCCAUCUCACGGGAUUACUGUCAAAUCUAACGUGAGACUUCACCAAUAAAAUAAUGUGAUAUUGUGUGGAAUGCCACUUGUUCUAACCCACUAUUAUUUUAGGAAUGUAUGGCGUGUUUUUUCUUUCAUUCAUAACAUCUGCUGUGGUAUCUUUGCUUGCAGAUGCACAAAUGAAGUAGAACCAUACAGUAUUAACAGAACCACUUAUCUUGCAGUGCUAAGCAGGGUAAAAGCUGAUGCGCACCAGUGUUUCCACAAUGUGUGAAGUUUUUGGUUUUUAUAUAUACUUUUUCAUUUUCACAUGAAAUAAAAGUACUUUCUUUUUACAUUUCUGGGCCAUUGUUUUCCGCCACAGAAUUAAGGCUGCAUGUACAUCAAGAGGUUGCAUUAUAGAGCGAUAUGUCGUUAUAAAAAUAAUUACAUUUGUUUUUGUUUGAUCCUGCAAUAAGCACAAACUGAUUUGUACUGCAGAAUUUUGCUAAAAGAUUAACCAACCCAGACUUGAACAUGAAUGGAGGUUGUUACCAGCAGAGUAUACCAGAGCCUUGUUGGUCGCUUAUCUCCCCCUGUGUGUAACAAAUUAAUAAAUAGUUGCUAGUUUUUCACAACUGGCCAGUAGCUCAUCACAUGCCGUCUUCCUAGGGGGAUCUUAGCUCCCCAGCACAUACCCUGUACAGUGUUUUACCAAUUAAAUGUUAUUUUCAAAUAAAGUAAUAUUUGACCAUUUA